CAAGUCGUAUGUGGGGCAUCCGAUUCUCUAAUUAAAUUCCGCGUCUCGUCUCCAGUCUUCUCCACCAACUCCUCUCCUCUCCGAUCUAAUCCGCAAAAAUCGUCCGCUCCGGACGUCGCACUCCGAUCCAAAAAAUGUCUACGUCGGAGAACAAGAAGCCGCCGUCCUCCUCCUCCAACACGGCGGCUGAUCUCGACGCUCCGCUUCACGCCAUCGGAUUUCAGAUCGAACACGUAUCGCCUCACAGAGUCAGCGGCCGUCUCCCGGUUUCCCCAAAUUGCUGCCAGCCGUUUAAAGUGCUGCACGGAGGAGUAUCGGCGCUGAUUGCGGAGUCGCUGGCGAGUAUGGGCGCUCACGUCGCCUCCGGUUACCGGAGAGUGGCCGGAAUCCAUCUCAGCAUCAACCACUUGAAGGCGGCGGAGGUCGGCGACGUCGUUUUGGCAGAAGCGACUCCGGUCUCCGUCGGCAAAACCAUUCAGGUAUGGGAUGUACGAUUAUGGAAGGGUGAGGGAGAAAGUAGAGUCUAUAUUUCCUCAUCAAGGGUGACUCUCAUAUGCAAUUUGUCUGUGCCAAAACAUGCCCAAAAUGCCGCUGAUGCCCUCAAAAGGUUUGCAAAAUUGUGAUAAAAUUAUUGUACUAUAUAGUAUAUAUCUAUAUUUAUUAUAUUUCCCACUUUAGAGGGUUAUUUUGUAUUUUAACUUAUACUAGAAAUAAAUCAAUCAUACUUUAGACCAUCUUUCAUUAUGGAA